GAUCAGUCGCAUUCUGAGUAGGGAGCCGUGCAAAGAUGGCGAGCGGAAUCCAGGAAAUCACAUACUACGAGCACGAGCUCAACAUUCGCCGGGUUAUCGAGGAGCAGGCCAGUCUGCAGAACGUGGACGCGGCCCUCAACAUCUGCGAUCUGUCCAGUGUGGAGCGGAAAUACAAUCUCUGGGUGAAGUAUCUUCCCCGAAUCACGCCCUACUAUGCCGUCAAAUGCAAUGACGAUCCUAUGAUUGUCAAGGUGCUGGCGGAACUCGGCGCCGGCUUUGACUGUGCCUCCAAGAACGAGGUCAAAUUGGUUCUGGGAUUGGAUGUAGCGCCUGAGCGGAUUAUAUUCGCCAAUCCCUGCCGUCCCGUCAGCCACCUGGAGUACGCCCAGCAGCAUCGGGUGGCCAAUGGCACGGUGGACAACGAGUUCGAGAUCUACAAGCUGCACAAGCAUUAUCCCCAGUCCAACUUGAUUGUGCGCUUCAAGAGCGAGGCAAAGGAGGCCCAGUGUCCGCUUGGCGACAAGUUCGGCUGCGAUGCGGACGCGGACGCCACGGCGCUGAUGCUGCUGGCCAAGGCGCUCGACCUGAAGGUGACCGGCACCAGUUUCCACGUGGGAUCCGGCUGCAGCGAGCUGGAGGCCUACGAUCGGGCCAUCAAGAAGGCCAAGAACAUUUUCAAGUUCGGAGAGCUGCUGGGCUAUGACAUGAAUUUUCUGGACAUAGGUGGCGGCUUUCCCGGCAGCGAUGAUGGCAAAUUCCAAAAGAUAGCGGAGAUUGUCAACACCUCAGUGCAGCGCCACUUCCCAGACGAUCGCGUCCAGAUCAUUGCCGAACCCGGGCGCUUCUUCGUGGCGGCCGCCUACACGCUGGUCUGCAAGAUCCAUGCCAAACGUGAGGUGCGCAAUGAGGCCGGAAAGCUGGACACUAUUAUGUACUACCUGAAUGACGGAGUCUACGGCUCCUUCAACUGCAUUCUCUACGACCAUCAGGUGGUGACGCCUGAGCAUUAUUUGGAUGAAUCCGCGGCCUUCCCCGAAUUCAAAUCCUUGAUUUGGGGUCCCAGCUGUGAUGCCUUGGACAAGAUCUCGGAGGACCUGCGGCUACCCAACCUGAACCGAGGCGAUCUGAUUGGCUUCCCCAACAUGGGUGCUUAUACGGUGCCUAUUGCCAGUCCGUUUAAUGGCUUCGAGGUGCCAAGGACCCUGUACUUCCGGGCUAUGUGACUAAAAUCGGACAGUAUGACAGAAAUAAAGGAAACGUUUGCUUUCAUUUGUAA